AUGGGACCCGUCACACGAAAGCGAUCGCUGGCAGACAUGCAGAAUGCCGCAGCAGCAGCAGCGUCGGUGGAGUACAAUGACGAUGAAUAUGUCCGCGAGGUCCUACAACUCGAUGCCGGGAAGACAGAGCCUCUAUUCGACGAGAGCCUUGCUCAGGAGGCUGAGAAGCUGGGCAUCACCAUCUCGAGACCUUCGACGCCCAAGAACAAUCACGAGAAUCACAUUUCCAUGUCGAAUUCAGCCAUCACGGUUGGGUCGCAUCGGCGAACGACAUCUUCGAGUUCGCAGGAAAGCGCCUCAACCGGAAUGACAUCAAGAUCGUCAAACGAACAAGCAGAUCAUUUUCCACUCCCACAAGCACGAAAGCGAGCAUCUGCCAGGAGGAACUUGUCAUUUUCAGAGUACGAGAGAUAUUUGGCGCAACAUGACGCUCAGGAUAUCACCAAACAAAUAUUUCCACCGCCAAUACCUGCCGAACCUGCGCCGUCACUAUUCUCGGUAUCGACGAGGAAGUCCUACAAUAGCAUCAAGAGCACUAUCACCAGAAGAUUCAAAUUGCGCCGAUCGAAAUCCUCACAAGAUGACAUGAAUUCCUGUAUUUGCUGUCGAGAUGAUUUCAAGAAGAGCAAAUCAUUGCAGACCCUCCCAUGCGGACACAAUUAUUGCGAUGCAUGCCUUCGAAUCCUUAUCACCCAAGCUGCGAAUGACGAAUCGAAAAUGCCUCCUCGAUGUUGUACCAGAGCUAUACCGGGUUCUAUAAUCAAGUCAGUUUUGACCAAGGAUGAGCAGCAUCUCUUCAUGAAAGCCGUCCUUCAAUUCAGCACACCAUGGGAAUCUCGAAUAUUCUGCCCGAAUCCUGCAUGUGGCGAGUUCAUUCCAAAGCGCAAAAAGAUCGACCCAAAGCAUCCAUUUGAAGUCGUAUGUCGCAAAUGCCGGACGAGGGCGUGCUCGAUUUGCAAAAGGGCCGCACAUGCUUUUGGACAGGAUUGUCCAGCAGAUUGGGAGCUUGAUGCUGUAUUGCAAAUGGGAGAGAAGUCUGGCUGGAGACGUUGUUAUAAGUGUAGGAACUUGGUUGAAUUAACUCAAGGGUGUAGUCAUAUCACUUGUCGAUGCAAAGCGCAGUUCUGCUAUAUUUGCGGGGCAGUUUGGGACCCUGUGGUGGGGUGCCCAAAUUAUUGCAAUGGGGAAGAAGAACUAGAACGACGACGCUUGGAAGAAGAGGCUAGGAUGGCUGAGGAGGCAGCUGAGAAAGCUGCCAGGGAAGAAGCUGAGCGUCUCGAAGCUGCAGAGAAAGUUAAUGCCGAGAAGAGGACAUUGGAGAGCUUGGAAUUGAAUGCUCUUCGAGCUCGACAAAUCAACGAACGGGAUCGCUUCGCAGCAUUCGAACGGAAACAGAAAUGGAUUAUGUGGACUUGUCAUGGACAAUCCAAACUUGACAUUCUGGAACGCUACGAAGAGCUUACAACGAAGAUGAGGGAGCGCCAUUCCCGAACAGCGACACACCUGGAAGACCGUCAAGUCGCAGCAGAAAUGGAGCUCAGGGCAACUCUCAAGCAAGCAGAAAGAAGCGUGAGGAUCCGACUACGACAUAUGGAAGCUUACUGCGACGGUCUUGGCCGAACUGGCGACAAUGCUAACCCAGCACGAGUUGUAACAGAACGGGAUCUCCGGGAACUGGGUCAACAGUACAAUCUCCGUGACGACUUGGAUCGUCUUCAUCAGAGCAAGAUCAACGUUAUGCGAGACAAGCAAGCCAAGCAGAUGGAGCAACUUCUAGUUCGCCAAGAAGAGGAAUUGGAUAAGUUAUCCAACAAACAAGCUCUCGAAGUGGAGACCUUGGAAGAGAGUUUCGGCAAUGAAGAGGAUGCUUUUAGCAUCGUAUUCGACCAGAGGAGAGACCGCUUACGACGGAGAUGGGUAAUUGUCGAGGAAAUUGAAAGGAAGAAACUUGAGCUGGAGAAGAAAGUUCGAUUUGCGCCAAUGACUCCAGUUGAAUGGCCAAGCUUAGAGCCAAGGGUAGAUGAAGGCCUCACAUCUGUUACAGAAUGA